AUGACACCUCAAGAUAUCGAGGCUCUGCUCCAACAGCACGGAAGUGGUCAGUCCCAAGAUGAAUAUGACGAUUCACUCGAGACGGAGAGCGUUCGCGAGCAUAGAGUGGCAUUCCUGUCACCAGUUCUCAACUUGUGCCAGGUAUUACUGUCGGCAAAGUCGAGCGAACUGGAAAUCAUAGCACAGAAACUCGGCGAUGGUAGCAGAGAUGUUGCCUGGCGUCUCCCGUUUGGCAGAUCCGGUAUCCUUGAAUUCUUCCUGGAAGCCCUGGCCGACCAAGGUCUCAGCAAAGGACUCAGAGUCCACUCCCUGCGCAUAGUGGGAAAUUCGUGCGCGGACACGGACGAGAACCGGGAACGGACAGUCGAUGACGGCCGACUCUUGGCGGUGAUCCGCCAGCUCGACGAUGAGACUCUCAUUCCCUUCACCAUCCCUGUAUUGUACAACGUAAUGGUCGACUAUGAACCUGCCCAGCUUCUGGCGUCGCAGUCUCGUCUGAGUAGCAAGCUCAUCGCCCUACUAUCAUCGCCUGUGAUCGCAAACUACCUCGCCAUAAUCCCAUACUUUUGCAAGAUACUCGCGCUGCUCAUCGCGCAAGAAGGCGAGCCACUGAUGGCCGUCCCCGAGACCGUGCCAACUCUUCUCCGUCUUGCCAUGAGCUCACCCGCCAAGGAGGACCCCGAUGUUUUCAUCUCCUUCGUGAGUGUAGCAGUGGCUUAUCUUGCCAACGAAGGCCUGCAGUCGAAAUUGCUGGCCGGGAACUGCCUCAACUUGUUCACCAAUGCCUUCUAUCACGCCCAUAUGAAUGUUGACGUUAAGCCGUCGGAUGAUCCGGAUACGGUGACUGAGUUAAAGAAACUCCGAACCGCUCUUCUCGCCACCCUCGCGGACCUCACUGGCAAUGACUCAUUCGAAUCUCAUUAUCCACUUACUUCGGAUGUGCCGCAAUCUUUUCUCGAUUGGAUCCGGGCCACAAGUCCUCCGCUGCAGGCUGCGGCCUGUCUUGCAUUGGGAAACAUUUCACGAUCCGACCAAGUUUCCAUUGCCUUAGUCGAUAAGCACUCUGUUCAUCUUCCACUCAUCUCUCUCCUGUCCAGCCCUUCCGUCACUGACACUCAACUACUCCACUUGGCUCUGUCCUUCCUGAAAAACCUCGCAAUUCCCGCCCAGAACAAAGCAAGGCUUGGCAAGCUGCUGGAGCGCUCCUGUGUUCCCCGCAUCUGCAACUUGGAUACCUUGCCCCAGGUGCAGUUCGCUGCCAUCUCGCUCAUCAGGUUGCUGCUACUCAACUGCGCGGAAAACCCAACGCGGCUCGAGGCAUCUCGAUCCAUCGCUGCGUUGUGCCGCGUCCUACAUUCUACAACACCCUUGGCCAAUGUACUUCCAGGCUGGAAAGAAGUCAAUCUCUGCGCGAGCGAUGAUCCGGGUCUAUCAGGGCCGUCCCUUAGGCAGCAGCAGAGCUGCCCAGGCCAGACGGACGAUGGAAAGCGACGAAGUGUAUUCUAUAAGAAGCACAACUUUCGCGGACCAUUGUCAUUCCUCAUCGCGCAGGAGAAGUGGCCAACUCUGCGCUCUGAGGCCUGGUUUGUCCUCGCACUCAUGAGCCGUUCUGACGACGGUGCGGCCGUCAUCGCCAACCUGCUCGAAAUCCACACCGUGCUCAUGGCCCUCUCGAUGACAAUCACGGGGCGCGAGGAGGCGGAAUCCCUAGCGGACAUGGACAAGCAGGUCGAGAAUGCGCCUGCUGGUGGAGUACAGUCGGUUGAUGCUCCGUCCAUUGAUGCGACCCUGCAGCUGGAGCCGCAGCAAGUGGACCCAGCCCAGCAAGCCAACAUGGCCAAGAUCGAUAGGGAGAAUGCGCUGGUGCUGUGCACCGAAAUGCUGAGGAACUCGGCUGGAACGCUGCAACCAGAGAGGCUCUCGAUACUGCAAGAGUUGGUAAAGAAGGGCACCGAGCUGCUUGUCGCGCAGAGGUCUGCCGCGAAAAAAACUUAA